AUGUACAAACAUCCGCCAAAGAGAAGGAAAAUGUUCGAAAGCCUGAAGAUCUGGAGCGAGCCUAAGAACCCAAACCUUAUAUUUCAGAACAAUAUUACCGGCAAGCACACAGUCGGUCUAUACCACUUUGUUAAGCAAAUUGCCAUUCUUCGAACUGUGGGUCACCUAAAGUACGCCUACGUUAAGUUUGAGGUUCUUAAAAUUACAAAGCAUCCCGACGAUUACACCGUGCGCAUAAGGUGGCGCGUGAGGGGCAUAUCCGGCCUGAAGGUGAUGUUCCAGUUCUGGAAAUACAAGGUGUGGCAAUUGAAGGAAGUACUGAAGGAUCAGGAGGCAUGGUACGAUGGAUUUUCCAUAUGCUACUUGGGAGAAAGCGGUCUAAUAGAAAAACACGUUGUUGAUAGUCGAGAGUCUGUUGAAAAUGCCUCUGCAAUCACCCUGCCAACCGAGUCCCUGGCAGCGACAGCAUCUCAGAAACUAAGCUGUCAAUAA